CGGCCGCCCUCUCACCCCAAGAUGGCGGCGCCCGUGGGGCCGGUGAAGUUUUGGAAGCCGGGCUCAGAAGGUCCUGGUGUCAGUGUCUCGGAGGAGAGGCAGAGCCCUGCUGAGAGCAGCGCUGUCACUGUCAUCUACAACCCUUAUGCUUCCCUGUCCAUUGAACAGCAAAGGCAAAAGCUGCCUGUUUUUAAGCUAAGAAAUCACAUACUUUACCUAGUGGAGAACUACCAGACCCUGGUGAUUAUUGGAGAAACGGGAUGUGGGAAAUCAACGCAGAUUCCACAAUACCUGGCAGAAGCUGGCUGGACAGCUGAAGGCAGAGUUGUUGGGGUGACACAGCCUCGUCGGGUCGCUGCAGUUUCAGUUGCAGGCCGAGUUGCUGAUGAAAGAGGAGCAGUGCUGGGACAUGAGGUUGGAUAUUGCAUCCGCUUUGAUGACUGCACAGACCCACAGGCUACAAGAAUUAAGUUUCUAACUGAUGGUAUGCUGGUGAGGGAAAUGAUGGCUGAUCCUUUGUUAACAAGAUACAGUGUCCUCAUGCUGGAUGAAGCUCAUGAAAGGACUCUUUAUACAGACAUUGCCAUUGGCUUACUAAAAAAGGUUCAGAAGAAGCGUGGGGAUCUUCGCUUGAUUGUGGCUUCAGCCACCUUGGAUGCAGAGAAAUUCAGGGAUUUCUUCAAUCAAAAUGAUACCGGUGACCCCAGCAAAGACACCAGUGUGAUCCUCACUGUUGAGGGGAGGACGUUUCCAGUGGACAUCUUUUACCUACAGAGCCCUGUUCCUGACUAUAUAAAAUCAACUGUGGAAACUACAAUGAAAAUUCACCAGAUGGAGAAUGAUGGUGAUAUAUUGGCAUUUUUAACUGGCCAGGAGGAAGUGGAGACUGUUGUUUCCAUGCUCAUAGAGCAGGCUCGGGCCCUCGCUCGCACUGGGAUGAAGAAGCACCUCCGUGUUCUGCCCAUGUAUGCUGGGCUGCCUUCUCCUGAGCAGCUGAAAGUGUUUGAGAGAGUCCCUCACACUGUCAGGAAGGUGAUCGUUGCCACCAACAUUGCCGAGACCUCCAUCACAGUGCACGGCAUCGCCUUUGUCAUCGACUGUGGCUUUGUGAAGCUGCGUGCCUACAACCCCAAGACGGCCAUCGAGUGCCUGGUGGUGGUGCCCGUGUCCAAAGCCUCGGCCAACCAGCGGGCGGGGCGGGCCGGCCGCAACCGCUCCGGGAAGUGCUACCGGCUCUACACAGAGGAGGACUUUGAGAAGCUGCCCAAGUCCACGGUGCCGGAGAUGCAGCGCAGCAACCUGGCCCCUGUCAUCCUGCAGCUCAAGGCUCUGGGGAUUGACAACGUGCUCAGGUUCCCCUUCCUUUCGCCACCCCCUGCACAGUCGAUGGUGCAAGCUUUAGAGUUGCUGUAUGCUUUAGGAGGUUUGGACAUGCACUGCCGGUUAACAGAGCCUCUUGGGAUGAGAAUAGCAGAGUUUCCUUUGAAUCCCAUGUUUGCAAAGAUGCUUCUGGAAUCAGGAAAUUUUGGCUGCUCCCAAGAGAUUUUGACAAUUGCUGCCAUGAUGCAGAUUCAAAACAUCUUUGUGAUCCCUCCAAAUCAAAAAAACCAAGCUGCCAGGCAACACAGAAAGUUUGCUGUGGAGGAAGGUGAUCAUCUGACCAUGCUGAAUGUUUAUGAAGCCUUUGUCAAACACAGCAAGAGCUCCCAGUGGUGUCAGGAACACUUUCUGAACUACAAAGGGCUUGUGAGAGCUUCUGUUGUAAGAGAGCAGCUGAAAAAACUUCUCGUCCGCUUUAAAGUGCCAAAGAAGUCCAGUGAAGGUGAUCCAGAUCCUGUUUUGAGGUGCAUAGUUUCUGGAUUCUUUGCUAAUGCAGCUAAAUUCCACUCCACAGGAGCUUACAGGACUAUCCGUGAUGACCACGAGCUCCAUAUCCACCCCAGCUCAGUGCUGUAUGCAGAGAAACCUCCACGCUGGGUAGUCUACAAUGAAGUCAUACAGACUGCUAAAUACUACAUGAGAGAUGUGACAGCUGUGGAAUCCUCCUGGCUCUUGGAGCUGGCCCCUCACUUUUACCAGCAAGGAACGGUACGGAAUCGCCAUAAAGGCCAAACGCAUCUUUCCUUGAAAGCAAAAAGGGCUAAAGUAGAUGACCACUGACAUAACUUCAGUUAUUGUGACAUCAGAAGCAGAACCUACCAGUGAUUUCAAGCUGGCUACAGUCCAUUCAGCAGUCAGUUCAUUAGCAAUUUGAUCUUCCAUCAACCUAAAUGUUUAAAUGCCUGCCAGGAUCUGUAGGGGUUUAUGCAUGACCAGUACAUUGUAAACCUAGAGCUUGCAUUGUGGACAUUUUAAUCUUUGCCUACUUGACCUCUCUUGUUAAUCUGGGCAUGUUGCUCCUUUUAAAUAGGUAGAAAAACAACUUAAAAAGUAAGAGGACAUACAGGACCACAAAAAAACCUGAAACCUUCAAGAAAGAAACAGAUUUCCUGGAGUGGUACUGCCUUAUGAGCGUGGGGAGUAGGGUACCCUGCCUCCUGUCACCCAGAGCACUGUGACUUACACCGGCCAAACUGAGCCUGGCUCCUGCCAGCAGGAGCUCAGGGCAAUCAACUACCCCUUGAAAUGCAAGGUGCUGCCAUGGAAACAUGGAUUUCCUGUUGGACCAUCCCAAACUGGUGCAGCUUGUGCUCCCAAGCAGUAAAAGUGUCCUGCCCGAGGCUGAGCUGGCCCAGCUCGCUGUGCUGAGCAGUCCCUGGGGACUCACAUGUCUGGGUUCUGCUCAUGGGAGUUGCUCUUUGGGGAGGGGGAGAAAGAGCAGCUCAGUAUUUUUAAGAUGGAUUAAUUUUCUGCUCAAUCAGGGGAAUAAAGAUCUAUGUUCACAAUCAAUCAAGUUCACAGACAGGGCUUUUCUUUUUUAUCCUAUGAGG